AUGAUUGUGACCAAACUGCGUCUAUGUGGCCAGAAGAUCACUGACGCUGAUAUGAUCGAGAAGACCUUGUCCACCUUCCAUCCCGGCAACAUAGUACUUCAACAACAGUAUAGAAACUCAAGGUACACCAAGUACUCUGAGUUGAGUGAAGUACUAUGUGUUGCCGAGCAACAGAAUGAAGUUCUCAUGAACAAUCAUUAUGCCCGGCCUACUGGUUCCAUAGCUGUGCCUGAAGCACAUGCCAAUGUUGCUGAGAGUUCUCGCAACCACAAGAGGGGCCGUGGAAAGGGAAGGUGGAAGGGGAAGAAGGGUGCCAUGUUCAAGGUCAAAGGAAAGGGAAAGCCCAAAGGUAGGUUCGACCCCAAGAAGGAGAGAGGUGACCACAGUGGGGAAGAGCAAGGAGAUUGCUAUAGAUGCGGAGCAAAGGGACAUUGGUCCCGUAAUUGCCGCACCCCCAAACACCUCGUUGACCUUUACCAGCAGAGCAAAAACAAGAGUAAAGGUCAACAUGAGUCCCACUUCCUCACUAAGCCUGAAGCUCGGCCGGAGAAGCGCGACGACGGGGUCGUCGAUGCAAGUGGAGGCGUUCGAAUGGACGAGAGUGAGGACAACCUUCUUGAUGACUUUGAUAUAUUUGGAGACCUGCAGUAA